AACAUUUGCACUGCGAAUCUGUUGACACAAACUUACAAGUGCUUACAAAUCUCAACGUAAAAUGUUGCAAUAAACAAAUAAAUUGUUAUUAAAUGAAAAAGUUACACAGACUUUCAAAGUAAUUACAAAUAAAGAAUUUCAAAAGUCAUACAAUAUGACGGAACCAAACGAAGUGCCAAAGGAUUUGAUGGAAGAAAUAAUGAACAGGAGUAAGUUGGGAGCCCACAGGUCUCAUUCGGAGACUUCCUUGCAGAACUUCGGGGAAGACGAACAUCCACACACACCAGAGGUGUUUGAGGAUCCAGGGGUACAGAACGUGGCUACAAUGAACGGGUCUGCACUAGAGCCGGCCAAAAUGGACGACCCGGCUCGAAGGCGCACCGUGUCGCAGCCAGGACCCAUAUCCGGCAGUUUGCUGACAGCCACCGCCGCCCGCGCUGCUAGGAAGAAGAAUGUCAACUAUGCUCUUAGCGAUUCGGAUAAGUUUAAGAUUCAAAUACCUCGAGAUGACUCAGGGACGGCUACACCAACAGGUGAUAAGAAUGGUACCUUACCGCCUAUGUACAGUGGAAGUUUCCAAAGAAACGCAGACCUUAGAUCACUCAGCAAUUAUAGACCUUACAACUCAGCAGCUGGGACGCCUAGGAAGCGCUCGGUGGCUACAAUGGACGCGCAGUCCAUACGAUCCGUGGAGACCCAUGCGCCGCCGCCCACCAGCACCGAGGACAACAAGAAACUCACUAAAAAAUACUUGACGUUGAUAAUCAGCACCAUGUAUGCUAUACUGCUGGUGACACUCGGGUUCAUCAUAUAUCUUGGAGAUGUGUUUGUCCAAUUCUCAGUAGCAUCGACUUACUCCAUCGCCUUAACAUUAAUUGGAUUCUUGUACCACGUGUAUUUAAUAAUCGACAUCCAGAGGUAUAAGAGUGCUGCACUCAAAAAUCAAAAAACCAAAUGCGAGUAUGAAGAAAAGAUGCAAGAAUACUUCAGGAAACAAGAGGAGGAGUAUGGCACAGGUUCUCCCGGCGAUCGGACCCCGGAUGGAUAUAGGCACUUCCCUGCCCCUUCCCUCGUACCCAUCAAACAUGACUACUGCUUCAACCAAGGCAGACAUUCUGGAAGUUUCUACCUUAAGCUUGGAGCUGCAGGUUUCGCCCUUGGCAACUUGGUGCACUCGGUCCUCCUCAUAACAGUGCAAGUAGCCUUCCUCUUCGACGAAAAUAUCGACAACGAACACUGCAUCGAUUACGUCCGCCUCACCUUGGACAUCAUCCAUCCUGUCUACUGCUUCCUUCAGCUGUUCUUCGUCUUCAAAUACUCUAAUGUCAUCAUUUUGAAAGGACAGGGUGUAGCCCGCUUUGCUUUCAUGCAUAUGAUUGGUAGCAGCUUAUGUUUCUGGAUAUCAGCCAUUGUGAGGGAGACCAUCCUGGCUCUGACCAUCUACGCGCAGUACCUGUACGGCAGUGGCGAGUACGACGAGUAUGAAGAUACCACGAGGAUGAAUGCAACAACAACAGCACAAAACAUAUUUGACAUGGAGAACAAUCGGUUCUUCAACAUCUCGGAUCUGUACGACGAGACAUGUGUGGGGUCAGCAGCCGUGUCCGCCAUCUUUGAUAGCUUCUCGCCGUACCUGUACCCUUUCAGCAUAGAGUUCAAUAUUCUAAUCGUUGCUGUAUACUACAUAAUUUGGAGUAAUAUUGGCAACUGCCAUAGUGAAGACACCAGCAACUCCGAAACCAACACAACCCUCGAAGACAGCUAUUCAGUAUGCAAGAUCCCAAUAGCGGAUGAGGAUAACGACUACACAAGCAACAUGGUGAUCUAUGCGGACUGCCACGCGUCCAACAAGGGCUUGUUCCUCGGGCUGGUCGUCAUGGUCAUCAUCGUGGGCAUGCUCAUCGUGGGCUUCGUCUUCAGCAGCGUGGGCGGAGAGUUCAUAGAAAUUGGCUACAUAGUGAACAACGCUACCAAACUGGGUCUCCACGGGUUGAUGCUGUUUGCAUCUAUCCUGGCCUUCACCCAGACCACCAAACUUGAUAUCAACGAGCAUCCGAUAUCCCUCCUCGAUGAUAUUCUCCUCUUCAUCUGUCUUCCACCCUUCUUCAUGGAAACUGUCUUCUCGCUAAUAGCUACUCUUACCAUCUUGAAUAUUACGAACACCGUGGAUUACACCAUUAUGGUAAUACAAGUUCUAGUCCAAACUCCCUUGAUAAUCGACGCUUUACGCCGCUGCAGCAACUCCCGCAAGCUCCGCAGACAGAAGCCUGGCAGGGAGCUGAUCAUGUUCCUCCUCAUCACCAACGUGGCCAUGUGGCUCCUCUACACGUUCUCGUACAAGUCUCCCGACAGCCUCGACGAGAGGUACGAGUUCUACGGCAAGGUGCUCUGGACUAUCCUCGGCCACGUCAGCUUACCCCUCAUCAUGUUCUACAGGUUCCACUCCAGUGUCUGCUUCGCUGAUAUCUGGGACUCGGCUUACAAACCCGGCUCGGAACAUUAGUACCCACCUAUUUAGUUAAUUUUAUUCUAUUUAAAUACCACUUCACCAACUCGCAAUGAAGCAACGUGUUGGAGUAUGCUUCAUACUCUCUCCGAUUGAUUGAAGGGAGAUCUGUGCCCAGCAAUGGGACGUCGUCUUUUAUUGUGUGUGUUAUGAGGCGGAUUAUUAACCUCAUCAAACCUGGCGUCACGGUUAAUAUUGAGCUGCCAAAGGCCCCUGACGUGACUCAUGUAACGACUACGUUCUUACAUGUCUCCCGAAGUACGAAUCAUCUUACUGUCGGACCAACGGGUGUUCAGCCUGCAAAUAAGGCCACAUCGAAGCUAUUCAUCUAAUUCAUCCAUACUGUUCAUAAGAACGUUUAUGGCAUACUUACAUUAUGGUAAGGCUACUUGACAACCUACUCAAAUGAGAUAAAAUACAACACAAAAAGUCUUUAUUGCACUUAAAUCACAUUAAAAAUACAUUAGUAUUAUAAUUAGAUUGGUAGUACAACAGGCGGCCUACUACUUACUAUACUACGUAAGAAAUCAGAAAUCAUUUAUUCGUUUAGGAUAGGUAGGUACAGAGUCACAAUAUGGUAUAAAGCAGUGUUACAGCAUCUCUAUCCUGCUAAUUAUCUACAAUAAAACGUAAAUAUUAGUAACAUACCCAGUUUUAAUCAGUAAAUGUUAAGUACCACAAAUGUCACUUAUUACGGAAACCCAAUAUUGGCCCCGAUUCCUGCAGACACCGCCUAAUUUUAAUUUAAGUUAUAUCCGUCAUUUUCAUAUCCGUCGAAAAGGAAAGGGAUGGAUGAUUCACAGCUCUUAAUUUUAGGAAGAAUAAGUAAAUGAAUGAAUAACCCGGGCGAAUCAAAAGGUACGUCGCUGGUAUGCAAUCCGUUUGACGUGCUGUCUACUUAACUGUGUCGGGUUAUUGACGGAUGUAAAAUUUUUAGACGGUUGGUUUAGAUUUGUGCUUAAAAUUGACGUGUGUUCCAUAAAUUUUAUGCUUGUCGAUUACCCGUCCCUUUCCUUUUCGGCGGAUAAGAAAAUGACAGAUAUAACUUAAAAUAAAAUUAGAUGGUAUUUACAGGAAUUAGCACCAUUAUUACUACAAAUUAGCAACUAGUGUUUCAGUUUUUCGCUUCUCUCGACAAUAAUCGUCUUCACUUGUUUUUUUCUUUGUAGUCCCAGACGGAACACCAAAACAUUUUUCUCUUAAAAAGUGACGUGACGUUCCUUUUUUGAAAUUGCCAACACUAUUAGUAAUAAGCCAUAUAAGAAACUUACUGUUGUAUGGUAUGAUUUAUUUUAGAGAAUGCGAACUUCGUGUCAUAAUAAAUAAAUAAAAUGAAACGUCAAUACAAAAGGUUUCUAAGGAGUUUGUAUGAUAUCAAAUACUGCCCUGUGACGCCAUCAAUAAUAGGGGUCAAACGUCAUCAUACUCAUUGUUAUUUAAUUUAUAAAAUUAUAUUAUAAGUAUCGUAUCGAUAUAUAAAAUAAAGUAAACUGUAGAUAUUAGAUAUAUACGCUUAGAAUUAGUACUGCGUUAUAUUUAUUGCAUUAAUUAAUAUAAGUAUUUCUUUAAGAUUCAUAAUUGCGAUACCCAAAAUUACAUUUAUUGUACAUAUUUUAUGAAAUAGAUUUACUAUUGUAUUAUUAUGCAUAACAUUCGAGUUAGAAAUAAGUAUUUUUAUAAUGUACUAGCUUUUGCCCGCGACUUCGUCCGCGUGGAAGGAUUUUUCCCGCUAAUUCCUGUUCCCGUGAGAAUUCCGGGAAUUCCUUUCUUAGUGCACCUCUACGGUACCUAAGCUACGUCCCUUCCAAAUUUCAAGUGCCUACGUUUAGCCGUUUAGGCUGUGCGUUGAUAUGUCAGUCAGUCAGUUUCUCCUUUUAUAUUUAGAGAAAGAUUCUACGUAGGUAAGUGCACUACAGAAAAGGGUCACAACAAUGUAUAAGAAUAAGUAUUUUAGGUAAGAAAAUAAAAAUCGUAAUGUUAUGUUCAUAAAUGUGCACUUUUGUAUGUUUAAAUAAUCAUAAUUCCUUGUACAAGAAAUUAUAAAACAUGUUUUUUAUGACAAAUAAUUUUGAUGUAAAAUGUCUUUAAGAGUAAACAUAAUAAAUAACUGAAGAACAUUA